AAUCGUGCGACGAAACACAACCUGUAGACGUUGGGCUGACACACUGGAGACUCUACACCUGUUCAUGAACUAUUAUUCAUUCUCCGCUGCACUGGCGGCAACAGCACUGGGUCGACCCAGCUAUAAAAUGCUUCGAUGGGAGGUUUACACUACGACAGUUUGUGAUGUCAGACUGCCGGCAAGUGCCUACGAUUCUCCUCUUCAUGUUAGCUGUUCCAGCCUGCUCUUGCUAGCUUUAUUGAUUUCCUUUUGGAUAUUGUACGCGCUUCGUUGUCUUGUGGACUUUAACCGAGUUCGUAUUCAUCGAAAUGGCUACGUUGUCGAAGUCGGUUUUGCUUUAUCUUGCAGUCAUCCUAAUCGUUGGCGCUUUGGUCAGCUACGUGGAAUGCUCGAGGAACUCCCGUCCCUACCACAGGCCACGUGGAAGCAGUCGGCGACUCGGGAUUGGACGUGGGCGAUCCCAGGACAGCUUCCAGAGAGAACCAAGCUACCACCAUGACCCUGCACCAGAAGUCCCAUCCGCAACGCAGGUCAGGAACGCAGGAAGGUGGUUCCAGAACUUCAUCGCCAGCAAGGAUCCCAGCAACAACCCUCCCAACCCAAGCCAUGAGCGUUCAUCCGACCUUCCCGAACAUCGAGAGAAGGUGAUCGUACGCCCACCCAUCAUCAGGAAAGGUUCUAUUGUCACGAGCCCAAAGAUAACCAUGAUUUACUUGGAGACCGUACAUGCCAUGAAGAGGAAUACCUCAAGAGAUCAUCAACCGUCUCGACCUGGUGCAUCGGAAGAGGCGGAUGAGGAGGUAGUCACCAACGAAGCCACCACACAUCCAAGUAGCUCGAGACCAAGUAGGACACCUAUAACUGCGGAUGAAGUUCGUAUCCAGUGUGGUGGACCGAACGAAGCGGGAAAAUCCGAUGAAUGCUACCGAUUCGAGCUGCCCGCCGAACUCAACAACAACGCCAUUGUUAUUCGUGGUGCGAUCGUCCUCUUGCCGGCGGGAAACCGCUCUCCGACUUCCCGUAACCAUGACAACACCCGUCCGAGAACUGUCCAUCACAACGUCACCAUCGUGGCCAAAUUCCCGACGUCGGGAGAAGGUGCUUACAGGGAGAGUAUAUCAGUUCAGAACAUCUCCUAUGACGCACCAUGGACGUGGAAGAGUGCUUCACUUCCCCAAGGAUCAUCACUUGUUUCCAGGGCACUUCAAGAGGACAACACGCUUCUUCUGAAACUCUCUGUGAUCAGCAACGACAACGGCAACCCAACCAUCAGCAACUUCAUCCCCAUGGAGUCAAACAAGCUGCCCGUACUGGUGGUCGACGUCGAAUUCAAUGGGACGAACCCCUCGACCGCCUCUUUGUCGACGACGACGACGGCAACACUGCGAACGACACAACCCAACGUCGUAGAAAGACAGAUCCGGGAACGAAGAGCGGUAGCAUGGCGAGGAACUGAAGAUUUCAUGCCAAACAACACAUUGACAUGUUCUGGGUUUCCAGGUUGUUGCCGUCGGACGCUGGACAUUUCUUUCUCGGAUCUUGGAUGGCACCGGAUCAUAUCCCCUCGGAGACUUACAACGAGUGUUUGCUUCGGGUCAUGCCUCGCACCAACCAGUUCCAUGACCUUCGAAAGCUUCAUGGCCAACCUCAUGCAAGUUGGCGGUCCAUCGCCGCGGCAUGACCGCAAAUGUCGUCCAUCGCGCACCGAGGAUUUCGACGCGCUGGUAUUUGCCGAAGGCGGAGACAUCCAAAUCAUGCGAGUUCCCAAUCUCAUUGUCCACGAAUGCUCGUGCAGUAAGAAAAGAGUACCGAAGAUCAAGACGCCACCCGAAGAGGCCACAACCAAUAAAACAUCCUCUUAAAAAAAGGAAGCACACGAGGACUAGGUCACUGCGUCAUUAUUAUGAUAGCAGAUCCAGAUAAACGGGUAUUUUAUAAUUAAUAAUCGGAUUAUGUUAAUCACCCACUCCAUCGACGGCACAAAUGCAGUUAUAUGCCACUAUACCUUCUUGAUUAAGAUGAACAUUGCACAAUUUGGAAAACAAUAAUUUUUAAAGGCAAAGUGCGCUCUUUCACUUAAACAUUUUAAGUGGAGCUGUUCAUGGAACUGUUUCAAAACAAUCUAUUUGCUAAUAUGCCAUUUAAUGUGCUAAAAUGUAUCUUUUGUUAUUGUAGUUUACUUACCAUUGAUAAGAAUGUGAUCGAUAAUUGUAAAAGAAGCUGUUAAAUGUGUUGAAAAUCGAUUAUAUGAUUAUUUUGUUGUUUCUUUGUUACUUAAGUAAACUAGCUAGUGUUGAUGUCGCGGUGACAUGAACAGAACCAACAUCAGACCGAUCAAACUAAUAAUACACUUUUUCAAUGACAUACUAUCGGUCGGUUUGGGUUAGGUUUCGUUUGUGUGACUGAUGUCAUGGGAGCAUAACCUUUUGUGAAGACAUCAAAUGAUUCCAACGUUGCAUCUAUCCUGGAAAAUCCUUGAACUAUGACAUACACCACAAAUGCGAACAUAAAUGAUGAGCAAAACUGAUGUAAUUAAGUGCAGACACUGAGUCGGCGUGAACUUCGAAAAAGUCACACAUGUCGAAUGUCUUCUCGUCUUCCCGGCGCAAAUCAAAAGGGGUGUCUCUCUUUAUAAAAGGGUAAUGUAUAUUUAGCUCUAAGAAGAUUCUUGAUUGCUUCGUAGAUUUCUCUGAAAAGUCGAAUGUGAUCAUUUAACAUGAAGAAGGUUGCCCGAAAAAAGGGUGAAAUGAAAUUUAUCAAAUGUUGAUAGGAAUAAAUAAAAGAUCAGUAACAAUGGGAUUUGUCAUCAAAUGAGUUUGAAAUCAUAUCUAUAAUUGAUGUACAAUUCGAUUUGUUUUCUCUUUUCCAAUGGUGUUCAGAAAAGUUGAACAGGAUAUUUUGAAACCGUAUUUUGGUAGAAACAUCGAUAGAAUAAAGAUUGUUGUACUAUCCAAUGUCAUUAUCAACAAUGUUAUUAUGACUAUUAUUAUAAUUAUUAUUGUUAUGAAAUUUAUUGCAACUGUCAUUAUUAUUAUUGUUGUUAUUAUAGUUACUACUUCUAUACUACACAUCAAUAACUUGGAAUGAGCUAAUACUUCUUCAAUGAUGGCUAAAUUAAUAUUCCUUCUCUAAAGUUAAUUUCCGUGAAAAUAUUCAAGCCGAUUUACUCCAAAUAAUAAUAGGUCAUGUGAUUAUGUCUGAUAUUAUGAUCCAGAAGACCUUCAUAUUAUUGAUUGACAUACAUUGUGAUAACGUUUCUUUUUUAAAUACUUCAGAUGUCAUUGUGAGCAGGCACCCGAUAUAGAAGUAUAUUCGACCACUUCAGAAAAAAGUACGGGAAUAUUUUGGCACCCAGUAUCAUAAGUAAUAUCAGUUUGUAUUUAAUAACAGAAUGUCAAGGGUACAUUAAUUGAUUUGUUUGUUGACCAGACGAUAUGUGAUGGAAUUUAUACCUAUAAGGCAUUAAUCAUAAUCAUCGUGACUUAAUGGAGAAUCAAUGUUCGAUCACUGCAGUCACACCAAAGAAACUGUCUCUAUUAAUACAAACCGAUAUGCCAUUGCUAAAGGUCAAGUACACCCCGGAAAAUUUUUGAUUUUAAUCAAUAGAGAAAAAUCAAACAAGCAUAACGCUGAAAAUUUCAUCAAAAUCGGAUAUAAAAUGAGAAAGUUAUGACAUUUCGAAGUUUCACUUAUUUGUCACAAUGUAGUUAGAUGCACAAUUUAGUCACAUGCAAAUGAGAGAAUCGAUGUCCCUCACUCACUAUUUAUUUUGUUUUUAUAGUUUGAAUUAUAUAGUAUUUCAAUUUUCACAGAUUUGAAAAUAAGGACCAUCUUCACUGAACCAUAAAAUGUUAAACAAUUGUAAUUCCACAUGUUCAGGGAGAAAUAAAAACUUCGUUUCACAGGACAAUGAGGAGAAAAUUAGGAUAUUUCACAUUUCAUAUAUUAAACUACAAAGAAAUAGUGAGUGAUAUCAUCAGUUACCUCAUUUGCAUACCGACCUGGGUUUGCAUAUAACUGUUUAGUGAAAUUAAGCCAAACUUAAAAAUGUCAUAACUUACUUAUUUACAUUCGAUUUUGAUGAAAUUUUCACUUAAUGCUUGUUUGAUUUUUUUCUCUUUUUUAUUUAAAUCGUUUUUUUUUUUGUUGGGGGUGGACUUGGUCGGUGUGGAGUCGGAUUCACCAGUGUGACUGUUCUUACAAGUCAUGUGACAGUCAUGUGACCGGUCAAAACACUAGCAGAUUUGCAUUGCUACAUCAAAGUCAUUAUCGUCACAAAAAAAUAUAAGUCUAUAUCACUUUAAUAUACGCCUAAUAACAGUUGAACCAGUUUUAAAGGGUAACUCGAUUUCAAGAAUUGUCACCUAUUUAUAUGAUACAAUCCAAACAAUACGAGUGAAAAAUAUAUAGCUGAUACCAAUUGAAACAUAAAACUUUUAAGACUGUACAUAGCAUACUCCGUAAAAGAAAAGUUGAUGCAUUACAAAUCCACUAUUUACAGACUUUUGACGCAGCCGAUAUGUACACACACAUUUAUCAUCGAGUUGAGAGCACCAAGCAUGUUUAAUUCACUACUGGGUAGACCUACCUCAUGCAAGCUAUUACCAUUACCCAAAGCGCUGACAGAAUUUUCCUAAGAACGCAAUGGCAUAUUAAGGUCUCUCUUUCUUUUGAAAUCCAACGCAUGACUGGAAACAUUUUAACACUAAAUAGAUUAUUUCUCUCAUUUUAACUGACAAUGAAUUUCAUAAACUUAACCUUGGACAAGAUUUCAAUGUUGAUACCCAAAACAUAGUCAAAUGAAGUUCAUUGAUCCUAAUGACCUUUGACCUUGGUCAUGUGACCUGACACUCGUGCAAAAUGAUCAGGGAUACUUGAUUACUCUUCAUGUCCAAGUUUCAUGAACUAUAGGUCCAUAUACUUUCUAAAUUAUGACAUUUCAAAAACUUCACCUUGGUUAAGAUUUCAAAAUUGACGCCGCCGCGUCGUCAUCGGAAAUGCGGCGCCUAUAGUCUCGUACUAUACUGCAGCUAUGUAGACGAGACAAAAUAAGAAAUCACAUCGCGUCCAAAUGCCCUCCGCCCAGUGCCGCCGCUCCCAACACCACGUAUAACAAGGACUUAACUUUAAAUUAAAUCAUGUUCUUGGUUACAUACUGUCUUGGAAAUUCUGAUGAGCCAUGGAGGUAUGUUAUAGUAGAAAUGGGAAUGAGAGACCUCCGUGUAUAUAUAUCCCAAAUGUGAAAUUUUCGUUACACGUUAGGUUAACCGCCAAAACGUGAAAAAAACCUGGAAGUUAGAGAAUCACGUACGGAUGCAGGAGUUCAACAAGUCCCGUACUUCACACUCGUGCAAACUGCAGACGUUGCGUAUCGACCUGACUGAUCCGAGACACAAGUAAUAUUGCGGUCCAUUGCAGUUUCAUCCGAAGUUUUAUUCUCACAUCAGAUAGAAAUGUCACAACAAUAAAAAAGAUAUGUGUGGUUCAUAAUGCCCAAAUUAGAUCAAUAUAAUCCGAGACGUAGCCGAUGGUGACAUGAAUGAAGAAAGAAAGUAUAUUGCCUCCGACGAAGAUUCUGCUAGGAUCGAAAGCUUAGGCCCCUUUUUGACCUUCUAAAGUAUAUAUUUCUGAACUAACGUAGUCUAUUGACAACUGCGAGAUAUCUUAAGCAAAUAGCAAACAAACACACAACCCCCCCCAAAAAAAAACACCAAGAAGUUUCUCACUGUGUUAAAGUUUUUUACUAGAUUCCUCUUCAUCAUUGACAAACUGCAUGAAAGCUCAUACUAAAACCAUACCACAUUGUAGGCGGUAACAUCGCAAAAUUAAUUGCACUCACGCGUUUAUACUCCGUGUAAUUGUUUGCGCGCAUCAUUUUUUGCACGCAUGCGCAAAAACAAAACUACCAGAAGGCCGAUUGUCAUCUUUCGAUUAUGCAAAGGGAAACUGUUUCCUACACCAUGGACUAAGGGUUACGAAAGUUAGUAUCAUACUCCCAAACUUGAGCCAGUCUCCCGCGUACCACUAAUAUCACCGAAAAUUAACAAAUUCAUGUUCAAGUCCGACUAAAAGUUAUGCUUAAGUGCCAAUUCGCGCAUGAUAUUUAAUGCGUAAUAAGUACCUAUAACGUAAUGAAUAUUAAUUAUAGGAUUUAACAUCAUUAUGAAAAUGUGAAUGAACAAGCAAAAAUCUAAGUCAAUCGAUGGUUUCUUUAGCCUAAAAAAAUCAUUUAAUUGUUGUGAUGAUAAUGUUUUACACAUUUCAAUAUUUUAGGAACCUUGAUUAUUUGUUAAAGAGGGUUUUAAUUAUCAUUUUGACUUCUUGAGAACGUUUAAAUGUCUUAAUUGCUUACAUAAUACUAUACAUUGGUAUUAAGAGCAGAUAACUCAUUCAUCAGAUUCAUGGCACAAUACAUGUAUUACUAAAGUUUGUACGCCAUUUUGCCGUAUUCACAUGCAUAUCGACUACUUUUCAUGAUUUAUGAACCAUAGUCUCGGUUUCAGACUCUAGUCCCUCUACCUCACAAUGAUAUACAAAAUUAUACAUGUAGUUGUAGCUUUUUUGUGCCAUGAUUCGCCAAAUAACAAAAAAAAAAUCCUGCGCGCUGUUUAGACAUAGAGCGUUGUUCUGUAUAGUCGCUUUCAUUUCGCUCAACAUUGGUGCAUGGCUUUAUUAUAUAUAUAAAAAACAUUAUGAAUACAAAUUGAAAUGAAAAAAAAAAUAUUAAAAACCCCCUAAACGAUCGGUUUUUUAAGAC